AUGGCCCGUGCCAUAGCAGAAGACGAUUUGGAAAUCACGAAAGCAGCUAUUAAAACAUGGAAAGCAAGAAGCACAUUCAAUAAUUAUCCUCCAUCAGUUUUGGUAGAUCUUGUGGCUCGAAUUCUUUCCAUAAUUCCACCUUGGAUCGGAGUGGAGCGAGAUAUCCCAAUGCCACUGGGUCAAGUGGAGUGGAACUCAGCAAUCUUCGAGAACAUGCAUUAUCGCGUAUGAAAGAGCUUGGCCUAGCUUGUAGAGAUGUACGGACGAGAAGUUGGAAUUAAGGCAGG